UAGAGUAUCUGCUGUCAUUUCGUAUGUCGCUUGUUAUUGUUCUUGAGAACCGGGAGUAGAGUGUGCCUCUUCAGCGACUGGGUUCCUGUUUGGUAACUUUUACCUCCGAGCAGUUAAAGGUGCGAUUUCCUUAUUACCAAGAGACCAAACGCAUUGAACACGAAGAAAAUUUUCUUAGCACUCGUGAAGCGGUUUCAAGAGAGAGAAGAAGUAGAUUAGAUGUAAAAAGCUGCCCCGGAAAGAGUGGUGGAAUAUAUCUGUGCGUCAACGUCGACSUUCAAAUAUCAAGCAUAUCGAGUAAAGAAGGAGUUUCUCUUUUGGCAGGAUUGCAAGCAGAGGUCAAACUCUUCGCAGAAUUCUAAGAUUUCGUGCUUCUUUAGCCAAGAUUGUAACGAAAGAGUAUCAUUUGAUGGCAACAUCUCAGGAAGUUACGAACGAUACUUAGGAGACUGCUYGCUGGUCCAAACAUAACUUGUACCAACCCGUAUCAGCUCUGCUCAUUUCAUCGAUUUUUUCUGUUGUUUGCUGUGGCUUGGUCCCUUGGUGGGCAUUGGAUUUAUCUUUCUAGAAUAAUGAAGGAUCCUAAAGAGGUAUCUGAGCUAAAGAUUGUUGUGUUUGGAGAACCAGCCGUCGGGAAAUCUGCACUGACUAUACGAUACACAAAGCAAAAGUUCGAGGAUAUUUACGAACCAACGAUAGAGGACACUUACCCAACAAAUGUUGUGCUCGAUGGUCGAUCAGUGGAGCUAUCUGUUGUGGAUACUGCUGGCCAUGGUAUAUUCUGCCAGAUGAGAGAGAGCUACAUCAAGUCAGGGGAUGGAUUCCUUCUUGUAUACUCGGUGACAGACAAGGAAAGUUUUUCAGCAAUCUCUGCGAUAAGAGAACAAAUACUGAGUGUCAAAGGAGAGAAAGGGAAGAUCAACACCAACACAGCUAUGGUGCUAGUGGGAAAUAAGUGUGAUUUAGAUGAUGACAGGCAAAUAUUGUACCAGGAAGGUGACCGUCUGGCCAGGCAAUUUUCCUGCCCAUUCUUUGAGACAUCAGCCAAAGAUGACGUAGGUGUUGAAGAUGUCUUCAUUGAGCUCACUAGAAAGAUUAAAAGAAGCAAAAUGGCAACGUUAAGUAAGCAUUUUGCAAGAAACAGCCGAAUGCGAUUCUCGAUGCGAAGCUUGUCAAUUAAUGAACGAAAAUGUAAAGAAAAGCUCCAGGCACUAAAGGGUAAAGAAACUUCGACUGAUGAUUCUUGGAGAAGAAGGUCUUUCAGGAGAUUUAUUUGUGGGACUAGAACACUGGGAACUUAGCAGAAACUUAGACUUAGCAGUUGCAAGAGCUUGCAAAAUCCAACAUCGUUCAUUUUCUGUGUAAAGAAUAUCUACAAGGACUGGUCUGCUCUAGCUGAUAGCAAAUGGUGGUCAGUGUUUGCUCAUCAUUGUGUGCAGAUAAUGAGAUUCAUUCAGCUGAUUGACACCAAGCAAUAGAAUACUCUCUGGUUAGCAAAUGACGAGCAGUGUUUUCAUGCCAUUUUAUUUUGGUGAUAAGAUCAAUCAUUCAGCAGACUGAUAUCAAGCAAUAGGCCAGUCCUCAAUAUUUUAGUUUAUAAAAAGUAUCUAAUGUUCAGCAAGUCAAAAAAGUACGAAACUACUUGGCUAAACAUAAUCAGACAACUAAAGCCAGACAAAAAGGUGUAUAUAUUUGAAGAUUAAAAAAAAUUAAUGCUCAUAGACAAAAUAGUAAAUUAAUAUUACAAUAUGGACACAAUAUCCCAAUUUUCUAGUGGUAUAUUUUAGUCAAAAGCUUAGCUAAGCAAUUGAUGAAAAUCUUGCAUUUUCACAAAAGACUGCAUUAUCAUCAAUAUUAUUGUUUUAUGAAAAGAUAGAGAAUUUCUCUUAAAACAAAGAAACCAAAACUGUACAAAAAUAUAAUAUGAACUUAGUGUAAGGGUUCAAGACAUAAAGUAUAUUAUUUAGGAUUAAGUUAAGAAAUGAAAUAUUUACAGGGAUAUAUCAAGCUUUAGUAAACACGUCCAGACAAAACACUAUACUUCAAACUAUUCUACACAGAUAUGAUUUCUAUAAAAUAGAGCUAAUCCACUGUUUUCCCAUUUCAUACCAUGUGUCAUUCCCUAGAGUAUUAUUUCUUUAUUUAACAGUUGUACAUGAGAAGACACAUGAAAAUUGAUACAACUCAAACAAAGACUCUUAUUCGAGAGAGUGACAUGUGGUCUGAAAUGAGCAAAACAUCUAGUCUCCUAUGYAGCUGCUAUUAGUUUCAUCACGCAAUGAGCGUGGUGUGACGACACUAAUAGCAGCUGAAUAGGGAGACUACAAAACAUUACACUUGAGUGGAUUUGGUCCAUUAAUUGGUUUCAUUUCGCAUUAUUUCCUGCCUUAUACAGAAAUAUAUUCAUCACCUGACUCUCAUGUUUUCAUUAGAACUCUUUCAGGCUGGUUGAAAGCACAUGGUGGUCAGUGUUUGACCAUUUUCAUUUGAUAUAAUGACAUUCAAAGAUUUUUAUCAGCUGAUUGACAACCCCCAAAAUUAUUUGUAAUUUCUUAGAAAAGGUUCAGAUCAUGAUUUGACUACCAACCCAUUUGGAUAGACAGUUUUGUUCCCAAAACAAAGUAUUGAAAAAAAUCUUGUCGACAUAUUUAAUGUCAAUUAUGAACAUGUACAUAACUUGAUAACUGCAGUAAAUUAAAUAUUAAUAUUGUAUGUA